AUGACAUCUCCGUCAUCUGUUCGUUGUUAUCAACUGAAUCCAUCUGAAUAUACGUGUUUAUUUUCACCUCAGUUACUCUAUCUGUUUUCUUUAUUUCAUGAAUAUGAUCAUUCAAUUCGGCUUGUAGGUGGAGCCGUUCGAGAUAUUCUAUUAGGUGUUACACCACAUGACAUUGAUUUAGCGACAACAGCAACGACCAGUGAUAUGAUGAAAAUCAUACAAGGUGAUUCGAAUAUCGAACUUGUCUAUACGCGUGCUGAACAUUUCGGAACGUUGACAAUGAUCGUUGGUACUACCAUACGAAGAACAUUUCAAGUAACAACUUUGAAACAAUGUAUUAUUCGUCAUGGUAGAGAUGUUCAAGUUCAAUUCACGGAUAAUUGGAGUGUUGAUGCACAACAACGAGAUUUAACAAUCAACAGUCUUUCAAUGGAUGAACACGGAAUGAUUUAUGAUUAUACAAAUGGAAUUGAUGAUUUAAAACUAAAUCGAAUUUGUUUUAAUGGAAACAUUCUAGCACGAUUACAGGAGAAUCCGAUUCGAAUUCUAAGAUAUUUCCGAUUUUUCGGCCAGUUAUCAGCUGAUCCAUAUGCGCAUGACGAAACCGUAUUAGACGCUAUUCGUCGAAGUGCAAUACUUUUACAAGAUGUGCCUGGAGAAAAGAUCUGGUUGGAAUUGAAAAUGAUCCUUACCAAUCGUUUCGCUGGUCAUCUUAUACGAACUAUACUUCAACAACAACUUGCCCCGUUCAUGGGUUUACCAGAAUCGUCUGAAGGAAUGUUUGAAUUGGAGAAUCGCUGGCUGCGAUGUAUGAAUUAUCAACCGCAACCAAUCACAUUACUUAUGACACUUUUCGAAGACCAAGGAGAAUUCGAUACUUUCUGUCAACGUAUUAAAUGUUCUUCCCAUGAUAAAAAUCUAGGUCAAUUUCUUCUACAUUACCGUUACGUAAUUCAACCAUCAAAUAAUCCUGAUAUGCUCUAUUCUUACAAAGAUUUUCUUAUUAAUAGCCAUUUGACACAGCAAGACACUCUGCAUGAAUUUGUUAUUGAGCUGCUGAAAUAUCAGGGACAUAUUCUAGUCAUUAACGAAUUGAAACAAUGGUCAAUACCAAAGUUUACUAUCAAUGCGUGGGAUCUACGAGAGAAUGGUUUAACAUCGAGUCACCGCUUUCCCAAUCUUCUUCGAAAACUGCGAGAAAAAUGGAAAGCAAGCAAAUACAAAAUGACAAAAUCAGAACUGAUUGAUUUGUUUUGA